GAUUCAUGAUAUUUACAGCUUGCCGAAAACGUCACUGGCUAAAAACUGUUUAGCUGUUUAUUUUGAGUAAGACUAAGCGGUUUAUUUGUAUCAUUUUGAAACAUCUCAACAGACCGUGACAACCGUGAGUCUAGCACUAAAUGUAUGUUUCGCAAAUGUAACAACACAGAACACAAGCUUACACAACUUUUCUUAUUAUUUAAGGCAUCGUUUGACGACCUAAAAUCGGUUUGACCAUAAACGUAGUAGUUCUGAUAUCGGUUUUUCCCAUGUGUCUCAAAUGCAAAAAAAUGACAGAGACGUUCAAACUACACAUAAUGUAGUGGACACAUUAGAUAGGCUCCAAAUGGGUUUUAAUGUCUUACAGUGGGUUUAUUGAUUAGAAAUUCAAAACACCAUUUAACAUUUGAAGUGUGUAAAGUUUGGUUGAGUCGUUUGUAUAAGUGAUAUGAUAUUUACCCAGUUAUAUUAUUAAAUUGACAAAACCCGAAACAUCUGCCUGUAAUUUAUCCUUGCAGAGUUUCAUCUGAGUGUAAACACGGCUGUAUUAAAAGAUAACAAAAUUAUUAUAUGAGUAAAAAGCUUUUGUUUGGGGUAGCCUAGAGUUUAUCGAUUCAUAAUAUACCCCAGUGGUUAGUUUGUGUAGUGCAUCGACAAAGUCAGCACAGGCCCCAGGUGUGAUAAUUAGGUGUGAAUUACGCCGCAUUGAUGUUCACGUGGAAGGCAGACUUUUCUUUCAAAGGAGGAGAAAACAGACUGGGAGAAUUGGCUGUUAGAUGUCUUCUGUCUGAUUUUGAUUAAUAAUGGCUUCAGUGCGAGUAGCGGUCCGAGUCCGUCCAUUGAACAAAAGAGAAAAGCAGUUAUCAUCGAAGGUGAUAAUUCAUGUGAAGGGGAACACUACAUCUAUUCAUAAGCCACCUAUUCGAGGGGACGAGCUGAAGGACAGAGGGAAGACCUUUUCUUAUGACUUCUCAUAUGAUUCAGCUGACAGAGGAAGCCCCACAUUUGCAUCUCAGGAGAGGAUUUUUCAUGACUUGGGGUCUGAUGUCCUGAAAGCUGCUUUUGAGGGUUUCAAUGCCUGUGUGUUUGCCUAUGGCCAAACAGGCUCAGGGAAAUCUUACACCAUGAUGGGUCAUACAGAAGAUAAAGGUUUAAUCCCACGUAUCUGUGAAGGCUUGUUCUGCGAGAUAUCUCACAGAAGCAAGAGUGGUGCCGUGUCAUUCUGUACAGAGGUCAGCUAUUUGGAGAUCUACAAUGAACGUGUGCAGGACCUUCUCAAGAAGAGAACUACACCCACAGAUGGUGGAGGCUUGAGAGUGAGAGAGCACCACAGGGAUGGACCCUAUGUCGAGAAUCUGUCCAAGCACUUGGUACACAACCACAGUGACAUGGAGGACCUGAUCAUUCUCGGCAAUGCCAACCGCACCACAGCCAGCACAGGCAUGAAUGACUGCAGCAGCCGCUCCCACGCCAUCUUCACCAUCGGCUUCACCCAGGCGUGGUUGGAUGCGGAGUUGCCGCGUGAGACCAUGAGUAAGAUCCACCUGGUAGACCUGGCAGGCAGCGAGAGAGCUGAUGCCACGCGCACCACAGGCACCAGGAUGAAGGAAGGUGCCAACAUUAACAAAUCCCUGGUCACACUGGGCAGUGUGAUCUCAGCUCUGGCUGACCUAAGCGUGGGAGGACAGUCAACAAAAAAGAAGAAGCAGAUCUUCAUUCCUUACAGAGACUCUGUGCUGACAUGGCUCCUAAAAGACAGCCUGGGUGGAAAUUCAAUGACUACUAUGAUAGCAACCGUUUCUCCUGCUGAUGUGAACUACGGGGAGACACUGAGCACUUUGCGCUAUGCCAGCCGAACUAAAAACAUAGUGAACUCUCCCACGGUGAAUGAAGAUGGCAGCGUGAAGGUGAUCAGAGAGCUGCAGGCAGAGGUUGCCAGGCUCCGAAGGCUACUAGAAGAAGCCAAUCAGGUUUCCCGUGGGGAGCUGUCUUCCUCUGUGAAGGUAGAGGAGGAGCUGCAUCAAAAUGAGGCAAAGGUUCUAUCCCUGACCAAGGAGUGGACCAGCAAAUGGGGCGAGACUCAGAGUAUUUUGCAGGAGCAGACUGUGGCUCUGAGGAAGGAGGGGAGUGGAGUGGUCCUGGACUGCCAGUUACCUCAUCUGAUAGGAAUUGAUGAAGACCUGCUCAGCACUGGAGUCAUCCUGUAUUAUUUAAAAGAGGGCAGAACCCUAAUCGGGAGUGACAAAGCAUCAUGCAGUCAGGAUAUUGUGCUUCAUGGGCCUGGGCUUCUUGGUGAACAUUGUGUACUUGAAAACCGUGCUGGGACCGUGACUCUGAUCCCUCAGGAUGGUGCACUGUGUUCAGUCAAUGGCUCUGUGGUAACUGAUCCCUGCCAGCUGACUCAGGGUGCCAUCACACAGCUAGGAAGAGGAACCAUACUCCGGUUUAACCACCCAACUGAAGCUGCCCAGCUCAGAGAGAAACGGCAGAGUGGGCUGCUGUCUGCCUUCAGCCUCUCCUUGACUGACAAGUCCAAAUCUACUGAGAAUCUGUCCAAGGUGAUGCUGCAAAAUCCAGGGAGGAUGGAAGGGAAGCUCAACCAGCCAGAGGUGGAAUGGCAGCAGGUUCAAGAAAGCCCAAACGGACCUAACUGGGACAUCAAAAGACUUUCAAAGGAGAACAGUGAGGCUUUGCAUCAACAGAGAGCAGGAGAGAAGACAAAGGGGGCAGACAUGGAAGAGACCGGCUAUGGCCAGAUGGAUGUGCUGGCUGCAGAGACAGCUGAAUCCAAAGUGCCAAGCAGCUGUCUUACCUCUGCCAUAAAGAAGCUCAUGACUACAGCCAUACCUGGAAAAUAUCCUGUCCCUCACACUAGUUUUGAGUCGGAUGGAGACGCACUACAGGGAGGGGUAAGCACCAGGGUUGGCCAGCAGCAGGAGAGGGACUCGUGUCAUAAAUCAGGGCGAGGGCUCAUGUCUGAGUGGCCGUCGAGGAAAGCUCAGAGUGGGUCUGGAGUUGCAAGUUAUAAGGGAGAGGAGGUUUGGUCAGGGGAUGCCAGCCUCCAGCAAACAAGUGUCCUGGGCCUGGGUGAUGGAUGUGGCUUGAAGCCAGAGGGGAAUGCUAACGAGAUCCAAGGUGUCGUAGCUGACUGCUACAAGGGGAGACCUGGCUCUGGUGGGAGCUCAUUAGGCAGCAUGUCCCUGCUGCAGAGUAGUGGAGAAACUAGCUCCACGUCUGUCUUCCCACAGACCAGUACUCCUUCUCAGCUCAACAAAAAGGCAGCCUGCUGUCCACCCGAGGAAACUACCUCUGAGGGCCAGUUCAGCUGUGGCGAGAUGGAUGAAUCAGGAGGUUUGGAGGAGAUCCCGGGAGUGUGUGUGACAGAACCUGCAGCAGCCACAGUUCAAAGCUCAGGACUGGGCUCCUUGGUCAGCAGAGUGUCUUGGAUUGUCCAGGAUGCAGGGCGUCUUCUUUGGAGCUGUCCCACAGUAUUGCAGCAAGUCAGGGAAGAGGGACUACAGCCUGUUGGGGCCCGCUGGUCCAGUCAUGCUGUAUCUCUGGUCAGGGAAAGUAGUGUUCUGUCUGUAGUGAAGGACAGCCAGGUCUUCUCCAUGGUUAAAGGGAGCUUUGUAUUCUCUCUGUUCAAGGAUACUCACAUUUUUUCCAUGGUGAAAGAACUACCUUUCAUACAACACAUCCAGAUGGAGAUAACUCAAAACCUUCAGCCUGAGGCGGCAGCCCAGAUGAUUCAGGGCUGCAUUAAUCCUUACACCACACAACUCCCAGUCCUGACACCAACACAAACCUUUAGCAAGACAGAAUUGCCAGAUGACGUGUCGCCAAUCCCAGAAGAUAUCUGGACAAGGAAUAAGAGUAUCAGGGAUCUGCGGUUACCACAAGAACAAGACAUGGCUGAUAUUCAUGUAAAACAAGGAGACAAACUGAUUACAGAGGUGUUGCCAGUGAAACACAUCAGUGAGCCAGAGGUUACCCAUGCAUCUGAAGACAAAGAUCAGGCCUUGGAGAACUCAAGGACUGUGCAGAACAAAAAGGGAAAAAAAGUCCAAAUCUUUUGUCAAACGUUGAUAGAAUUUCCUGAUUCCCUUUUGAACCUGCAAACUCUGCCAUUGCUAGACCUGUUGCACAUUUUACAGCCUAUCAUCUCCACCUCAGUACUCACCUCCCAGGAGAUUGUAGCUCUGUAUUGGCUGAAUGUUGCUAAAUGCAGCCAACCUGAGCCCCGCCCUGCCCUCCUGAUCCUGGUGGAGACUGGCCUCUAUUCGCUGACCACUGACUCUGGGCUCCUGGUUUUGUUCCAUCACCUUCCUUUGUUGCAGCUGAAGGAGGUGCAGAUAGGCUUAGCAGGCCACAGUCUGCGUUUGAUGGGCACUACAGAGGAGAGCAUCCUGGGUGUCUAUACCCACAAUCAGAAGCUUACCAAAGAGCUGUGCUGGACCGUACUUGGUGUCAUCUGCCCUGGGGACAACAGGGUCUCUCAGCACCCUCUGCUCCAUGGAGACUUGAGGAAGAUGUCUUUAGAGUGGCAGGCCUAUGUACCUGAUCUGCUGCUGGAUGCUGGUUUAAGGGUUUGCUGCCAGUUUCAGAAGAGUCUUGCUGAUCUGGUUUACCUUCUUCAUUGUAACAUGGAUCAAGAAACAGUCACACUGGGAGAGGUGCAGCUACUACUGUACACAGGUGUAGGGGUGUGCAUCAGCCCCAGUACCCACACUGAGCCUCUGGCCCAGCUUUUACUUACUGAUACCCACCUUGGCCUGGUGCAGGAGGAUGCUGUCUUUCACCCGACUCCACACUCUGUCACCAUAGCGCCCUGCCGUCCCCAAUUCCAUGACUUAACUCUUCGUCAGCGCUCAGAUGUGCGCUGCAUGCUAGUGCAUGAUGAAGACGAGCGCGGGGCUGUCAGGAUGGAUGUCAUCCUAGCAAAUGUGAGGGGCAGGGGUCACCCUGAAAGCGUGACUAAGGCAGCUACCCCUCCUGCACAUGCUUCAAAUUCAUCUCCACAUACAGAAGUGUGGAAAUUAACUUUCAGUUGCUCCUCUGAGGCCGCCUGCCUGAUUAAUCACUUGUCAAACGUCUGAUCAAGGAUUGAACAGCCAGUAAUUAACAGCCCAGCUUCAAAACUUACUCAUAGGGAGCAAUGGCAAAAGUGCAUCCCAACCAGACAGUCCAAAGGAUAGCUUGUUAGGAUAGGAUGUUAAUGACAGUGAAACCUAUGACCUAUUUUGAAGUCUCUGUAUUGAUUUGUUCUAGUUUUUGUCAUUUUAAUAUUGCAUGGGUUUAGCACUUGAAGAUGUUUCUUUAAAUCUUUAAAACACUUGAAUUUCUUUGUUCUUGCAUUAUUGUGCUUUGACCACCAAGUAUCCAGUAUUAUUUUUGUCAAAGAGGUUGUCAGUUUAAUAUGGGAUGUUUUAAAUAAUUAGGGGUUGAAGGUUCAAUACUGAGGAUUAAAAACAUGUUUGUACCAGUUUCAUGGGCAUUGUAAUAUUUUUAAAAA